AUGGCAAAAAAGAUGGCCGCCGAUGUGGCUGUGGUAAUGGUUCCACUUCCAGCUCAAGGCCACCUCAACCAGCUCCUCCACCUCUCCCACCUAAUCUCCGGCUAUGGUUUUCCGGUCCACUUCGUCGGAACCCCGACCCACAACCGCCAAGCCCGGGUUCGGGUUCAUGGAUGGGAUCCAAAAGUCACUUCAAAGAUCCAAUUCCACGACUUCCCGGCACCUCCUUUUCCAACUCCGCCGCCAAACCCGAACACCUCCGACAAGCUCCCCGUGCAACUCUUCCCUUCCUUCCACGCAAUCAUACAUCUCCGGCAACCCAUUUGUGAGCUGAUUCAAAAACUCUCGGUGACAUCCAAGAGGGUGGUUGUGAUUCACGAUUCUCUUAUGGUCUAUGUUAUCCAAGAUGUUCCUACCAUAGCAAAUGCCGAGUCUUACACUUUCCAAAGCGUAUCGGCUUUCGCAAUGUAUACUUACUAUUGGGAAAUGGCCGGAAAACCGGUUAUUGUUAACGGCGAAACCAUAAACGACCUCUUGAUUAGUGUUCGGGGAGGUGACUUCCCCAAGGAAUUCGCAGAAUUUAUGCAGCUUCAAAUUGAAUCAAGAAAACAUAAUUGGGGAAAUCUUUACAACACGAGCAGAGUCAUUGAUGGAGAAUUUCUCGAUUCAGUUGCCCAGGAGCCGCCGUAUUCUGCAGAAAAACAUUGGGCAAUUGGUCCGUUUAAUCCACCGGACACAACUAAAUCAAGAGCAUCGGAAAAACGCCACAAUUGCUUAGAGUGGCUUGACAAUCAGCCCACCAAUUCAGUCAUCUUCGUUUCUUUCGGGUCGACAACCUCGUUGUGCGACAAACAAAUUAGAGAAAUCGCAGUCGGAUUGGACAAUAGCGGGGCGAAAUUCAUCUGGGUUUUGAGGGAUGCUGACAGAGCAGACGUUUUUUUGGAGGAAACCCGGAGAGCCAGUUUACCAGAAGGGGUCGGAGAUUGGGGACACGAAGGUGAAUUAGUCAAAGCGGAUGAGAUUGAAGAAGUGGUGAAGAGAUUGAUGAACUCCGGCGAAGGGGAAGAAAUGAGGAAGAAAGCAGCCGAAAUAAGGGAAGAAAUUAAGAAACCUGUAGAAAAGGUUGCUGAUGGCAAUUCUGGAACUACCGAAAUGGAUGCUUUCGUUGCUCACAUCACUCGCUAG